UGAAGUCAUACUUAAAACUAGUGAGGGUAUGUGGGUGUUUCAGGGCCCGAUUCGAACUACUAGUUCUCAUCCGCAGAUACUUUCUGGUCAACAUAGCAAUUCUCUACCCGAGUCUGGUUCGGUAGGAGUUAUAGCGUCUAAACGCUGAAAGGAACUCACGUCGCCGUGUCAACGGAAGGACCCAGUCGUCCGAGGAAGAGGCGGAACUUGCUUUAUUUCUGCCGUUUAUUGGCCACGCGGCUUUCAUCAUAACCAACGAGUCGUUAAAACUUCCGCUAACCUAACGUAAAGGGCAGUGCUGUGCGGCGCUCUACGGAAGCUGGGUCCACGCAGGCGCAGACAUCUUGCAUUUGUCCAAUCCGAUUUUUUACUACCCUUGGAUGCACUCCUGAUAUGGAGAAGAUUGAGGAACAAUUUGCUAAUUUGAACAUUGUUAAACGUUCCUCAGAAACUAAAGAGCCUACUUAUCUGCUUGGCAUAGACACAUCAAAGACUGUACAAGGAGAAAAAGGAAGCUUGGUUGCUGUUUUAUGUUCUAAUGGAUCAAUCAGAAUAUAUGAUAGAGAAAGAUUAAGCAUACUACGAGAAUUUAGAGGAUAUCCUGGACUUAAUGGAGUCAAGUUUGCAAAUUCCUGUGACAGUGUGUAUUCCUCAUGCACUGAUGGCACUGUAAAGUGUUGGGAUGCUCGAUUAGCCAGUGGAAAACCUGUCCAGCUGUUCAAGGGUUACCUUUCCAAUAUUUUUAUCAGUUUUGAUGUCAGCUGUAAUGAUCACGUCGUUUGUGCUGGUACAGAAAAAGUUGAUGAUGAUGCAUUGUUGGUAUUUUGGGAUGCAAGAAUGAAUUCUCAGGAUUCGUCUACUACUAAAGACCCACUUGGUGCGUAUUCAGAGACACAUAGUGAUGAUAUCACUCAAGUAUGUUUCCAUCCCAGCAAUCCCAACAUGGUAGUCUCAGGUUCAACUGAUGGCCUAGUAAAUGUAUUUGAUAUUACUGCUGAUAGUGAAGAAGAUGCACUGGUUACAACCUGUAACUCAGUUUCAUCAGUAAGCAGUAUCGGUUGGUCUGGGAAAGAUUAUAAACAGAUUUACUGCAUGACACACGAUGAAGGAUUUUGUUGGUGGGAUCUUACUCAUCUAGAUACCGAUGAACCAAUUACAUGUUUGAACAUCCCAGAUGUCAGAGAAGUAAUUAAUGUGGAAGAAGGGAUUUUGGACUAUUUGAUUGGUGGCCUAUAUCAUGAAAAGACGGACAAACUGUUUGUUGUUGGAGGAACAAACACAGGAGUUAUUCAUAUAAUGAGCUGUACUCUGUCAGGAUUGGUCCACGUGACCAGCCUUCAGGGAGGGCAUGCUGCUACAAUCCGUUCUUUCUGUUGGAACACACAGAAUGAUUCUUUGCUAACUGGAGGAGAAGAUGCACAGUUGUUACUCUGGAAACCGGGAGCAGUAGAGAAGACAUUUACAAAGAAAGACAGCAUGAAAAUAGCAUCUUCUGUGUACCAGCGAGUUCGAGUUCACAGUAAUGAUUCUUAUAAGAGAAAGAAAAAGUAGUGAUGUUACAUUGGGAAUUUAUUUGAUAGGUUUUAUAGUUGCAAACAAUUAUUUCUGUAUACUACCUGUGGUAGACAUGUUUAAAGUUCAUAUGCAAAUAAAAACAAGCCAGUUAGCAAACAGUCCUGGAAAAAUGUUGAGAAUGGUUUAAUUAAAGUCUUCGUGUAUUCUAAAAUUAUUUUUUUUAAAGCUGCCAGUUGAGUAUAUAAUCAGUGAGCUGAAAGUAAAAUUACAUUCCCCAUCUUUAAAACCCAUCUGUUGAAUUAGUAAAUCUUGGGUUUGAAGAAAUAGCUUUGAUAAGGGCUUUUUAGAAGUAGAUGGCUGGUGUGACUAAAAACAGGUGGUUUGAGCUGUGUUUUUUAAGCUCAAUUUUUUACAUUUUAAAUCAUCUUCAUUAUUUAUAAAACCAAAUCAGACUGUUUUCUUCAUUUAAGAAGCUCCUACUUGCUUAAUACAUAUAGAUUACACUGGCAUAUUUAAAUAUAAAUAUUCUAAUGAGUCUAAAUAGAAUUAAACUUUUUCAGAAAUAAGUGAUUUGCAUUUAUUUGAGAAAAGUAUAUUUAGUAAAUAUUUGCAUUGAUGCUUUAAUAUUGAUGGUUAAACAGUAAACAGGUGUUUCACUGAUGAAAAGGAAAUUACCUUGCAAAAUUUGUUUUGAGAUUCAAAGUGAAUGUACAAGAAUGAAAGUAUUUAUAAUAGCAGAAUAACUAUUUCAAAAUAUUCCAAUAUUUUGUGAUAAAAUUUUCUUCUAUAGUGUUUCUUCCAUCCAUAAUUUUUCUUGAAUUUUUGUUUACUACUAUUUUUUCCAUCCUUCCUUUUAAAUAUCUCUCCCCAGAAUCUUAAUUAAAAAGUUGAUCCCUCUAAAGGUUUGGUAUCUUAUCUCUGAGACUAUAGCACUUAGAAAAAAUUUUUAUUUUUCUAUAGAACAUUUGUAACUUACAUUUAGAUGUGAUCUAGCUUAACUCACAUGAGACUGAACAAUAGGUAAGUAACUAUUAAACGUAUUAAAAAAACAUCGUUCUUAUUUGGAGAAAUUCAGCUAUUCUUGGUAUUGUCCAAACCUUAAACCUGACGGUAAUUUACUACUUUUCCUUUUCCUCUUAACCAGUCAAUCACGAAGUCCUGUGCUAUUCUACCUCCUAAAAUGUGUCAGCCUGUUCUUUUGCCUUUACCCCCCACGACUGGUGCAUUAAAUAAGACUUUUGUCAUUACUCUCCUAGAUUACGGACUCUGUGUCUAAUCUGCUGCAGUUCAUUCUCCCUACUACUUCCAGACUGAAUAUCGAAAACACAGAUUUGAUAAUGCCUCAUGCUGCUUAAAAUCUUUGAUACAUUUUGAUCUUUCAGAGAGGACUGCAUAAAAAUGAAAAACCAUGUUUUCAAGAUAUUUAGGAUAUGAGACAAUGCUGACUAUGUUGUGAGUGGGAAAAGUUGGUAAAAAAGACUUUGAGAGACAUUGCAUUUAUAAAAUAAUGGGAAAUGCAACAGGAGUUAUCAAAACAAUAGGGCUUUAAAAAAUAUUUAAAAUCCAAAAGUAAUUAUUAGAGUUGCAAGAUGCAAGUGAGGAAAUACCUCUGAAAGAGACAGAAAGUAAGAGAAAACAUAAAGGCCACAGGAGAUAAAUAUAGGAGUCUAAUAUCAG